GUACGCACGUACUUGGACGCAUUUCGGCGGGCUCGUGAUCGACAACGAAUCGGUUGCUUUUUCGGUGGCGGGAGAUUCGUUUUGAAAACAUACACCGCUGAUCGCGGACUCGCGAGUGUUUGUUUUGUGAGCGAACAUUGUUAUUCUCAAACGCUACGGGAUUUUACAACGAUCGGCAUGUGAAAUUGCCGAAGAGAAACAACUGCCCCUCAAGUUACAACCCGAAUAGGACCCGAUGGCCACAUCGUCGUCGUUCACGCAAAUACUUUCUGGCGUACAAGUCGACUAUGAUGACGAGGGCAAGCACGCGGCGGCGACGGUGCCGGCGGCCGUAGUGCACCUGACGACGAAAUCCAAAACGUAUCCGCACUGGCGCAAAUGGCGAAUCGUCUGGCGCAACGUCAUCGCGUUCACCGUCAUGCACGUGAUCGCCGUCUACGGAUUCUAUCUGAUUUUCUGCGGACACGUCAAAGUCAAAACCCUGUUAUGCAUGAUGGUGAUAUCGGUUUGCAGCGCUUUCGGCAUCACGGUGGGCGCUCACCGGCUAUGGGCUCACCGGUGCUACAACGCCAGGCUGCCGAUGCGCGUGCUGCUAGCCGUGUUCCAGACGUUGGCGUUCCAGAACCACAUAUACGAGUGGGCGCGCGACCACCGGGUCCACCACAAGUUCACCGACACGGAUGCGGACCCGCACAAUUCGUCCCGCGGCUUCUUCUUCUCGCACAUGGGCUGGCUGAUGGUCCGCAAACAUCCGGACGUCGCGGCCAAGGGCAGCGCAGUCGACAUGACCGACUUGGAAGCCGAUCCGGUCGUCAUGUGGCAGAAAAAGUAUUAUUUGUGGCUAGUACCCAUAAUAACGUUCCUGAUACCGUCUUUGAUUCCGUACUGGGUAUGCAAUGAACGGUUUUUGUAUUCCUUCGUCGUGGUUGGAGUCACGCGUUACAUGCUGUCGUUACACUUCACGUGGUUGGUUAAUAGCGCCGCUCAUAUUUGGGGUACAAAACCGUACGACAAAAACAUCACGCCCACGGAGAACCCCACCGUGGCGUUGUUGGCAUUCGGCGAAGGAUGGCACAAUUACCAUCACGCGUUCCCUUGGGACUACAAGGCGGCCGAGUUGGGCAACUACCGGCUGAACCUGAGCACGGCUUUUAUUGACUUGUGUGCACGACUGGGGCAGGCGUACAACCUGAAAACGGCGAACGCGAGUCUGGUGGAAAAACGGUCCCAAAGGACGGGCGAUGGUACCAAAGAUCACAACCACAAUCAUCGCCACAAUCCUCACCACGGAGAAUUCUGGGGAUGGGGUGACGAGGACAUGGCUGAGGACGACAAACGGGUCGCGAAAUUGCUCUACUAGACGUUCUUUCUUUUUUUUUUUACGAUUUUUAUUUUUUAAUUUUAUUUUUUUUUCCGUCGAUGUAUUUUCAAAGUA